UUGGCCCAGAGUCCUCCUCAUAGCUAACAUUCCCUCUCUCGCUCUGUCCUAGUCAAGCAGUUUCACUGAAACUGUCUCACUCUGUGUGUGAACUCCUCUUUGCUUGCACGGACCGUCUUUUGCGUGGAUCAUUUAUCGCUGGAUUUACUUGGGAAGGUUCUCUGCUACACCUAUACGGGACACUCGAGUACAGAGUUUAACCCAGAAGAAAAAAAACAUGUCUCGUUCUGGCACUCUGGACCUGGACAAAUACAGCAGCUUGGGGAAAUCCCGAAGAUCCACUUCUCAUAACCAACCCAAAGUCCAGACCAAGCCUGGGGAUGUCCUGUGUGAUUUCUGCACCACCAGCAAGCAAAAGGCUGUGAAGUCCUGCUUGCUCUGCCUGGCCUCCUACUGUGAGAUUCAUCUUCAGUCUCACUACAACUUCCCUGCCCUGAUGAAGCACAAGCUUGUAAUAGCCACGGGCCAGAUGAGAGAGAAAAUCUGCGCCCAGCAUGACAAGCUGCUGGAGGCUUUUUGUCGCACCGAUCAGACGUCUGUUUGUGUUUUGUGCAUGAUGGACGAACACAAGCACCAUGACACUGUCCCAGCUGGGACAGAGAGAACAGAGAAGCAGAAACAGCUUGGCUCCACUCUGCAGAAGUCUCAGCAAAGGAUUGACGAGAGAGUGAAGAAAUGGCAGGAUCUCAGACAGGCUGUGGAGUCUGUUAAGCACUCAGCACAGGCAGCUCUGGAUGAGAAUGAGCGUAUCUUCACUGAACUGAUACGCUCCAUUGAAAGGAAGUACAAUGAGGUGAAGGAGCAGGUGAGGGCCCAUGAGAAGACCACUGUCACACAGGCUGAGGGGAUGCUACAGCGCUUGGAGGAGGAGAUCACUCUCAUGAAGAAGAAACACACAGACCUGGACAAGCUCUCACUCACUGACGACCACAUACACUUCCUGCAGAGUUGGCAGUCUCUGUCCGGUCCCUCAGGAUACGAAGACCUAAAUGGUGUCACUGUAGCACCACACUAUUCCUUUGAUGCAACCAAGAGAGCCAUCGCCGCACUGAAGGUACAAGUCGAAGAGGUUAGCAAGGUAGAAGUCAGCAAAGUCUCCUCAGCAAUUAAGGAAGUAUAUAUUUUGCAACCACUUGAACCAAUGAAAAAAGAGGUUUCCAUGAAAUUAAAACCGGUUGAUGUUCAACAACUUCAACCAAAGACGAGAGAAGAUUUCUUAAAAUACAACUGCCAGUUGACCUUGGACUCCAACAGUGCCCAUCCUAACCUGCACCUAUCAGAAGGGGGCACUGUAGCCACGAUGAUGAAUGAUCCCAAGAAUUACCCUGACCACCCAGAUAGGUUUGACCACUGGCAGCAGGUACUGUGCAAGGAGUCACUGUCUGGGAGUCGGAGCUACUGGGAGGUGGAAUGGAAGGGAACAGAGAUAGAUAUCGCUGUAUCCUACUGGGGAAUCAGUCGAAAGGGAAAGAGCAAUGACUGCAGCCUAGGUUGGAACGAAAUGUCCUGGAGCCUGUAUUGUUCAGAUUCCAAAUACUCGUUUGUGCAUGAUAAUAAGAGUACAGACAUAGUGGUGCCGAGAUCAUCCAGAAUUGGUGUCUAUUUAGACCACAGGGUGGGUAUCCUUGAGUUUUACAGUGUGUCUGGGACUAUGAACCUCCUCCAAAGAGUCCAGACUACAUUUACUCAGGCUCUCUACCCUGCCUUUAGUGUGUGGGGUUUUGGUUCCAGUGUGAGACUGAGGCAAAACAGAGAAAUUCUUUAGCUAGGGUUUUAAGGGACCCAUUACAUUACAUUGUAUGGCUUAUUUUGCUCAUUUGUCUGUCUACAACUAGAAUUUCCAAGAGGUAUGCCAGCUGCAGGAAAUGUCACUGAUUGUGAUUGUUGAGAAAUUGUCAAGAUGAGUCAUGCAUUUAUGAUUCAUACAAAUAGUAAUCCUUUCUUUACUUUUCUAUCGCUUGUUAGUCUUAUAAUCCCACAUUUAAAUUGUGUGAAAUAUAAUUGACAUUUUAACUGAAUAAAAAACAACAUAAACUGCCAAUAUAUUUUAGAUGGUGAAGGCUUGAUUGUUUGGAAACAAAUAGCAAAUUUGAUGAAUACUUUUAUGAAGACUUAUGUUUAGUAGACCAAUGAACAUGUGUUUUCCCGCAACAAACCACUAGAUGGCAGAGAGAACAAACUUGCUUUUUCAACACAGGCCACUGAACUGUUUCUUCACUGGUAUUCUGCAGUAAACUAAAUCUUUCAAGACAACACUUUAAACUGCACCUGUCAAGUUAUGAUAUGGAGUUCCUGUUAUCAGAAACGGACAAUUUGAAAGAAAUUAACAGAAUACACUCCAGGUAGGGAGUUUAUGGUUCAUGUCACCCGGCAUAGUGCUUAUGUACACUGAAGUGGACGCACAUUUUCAGUAUUUUCCUCACAACUUUUCUCACACAAAAGAUUUCCCAAUAUUUAUUAUUACAUGACUCCUGAAUAUUUGCCAUGUGUCCACCUCACCGAACGCCGAAUGAGUCAAUCGAGUGUAAUAUCCAAUUACAAAUGGGAGGAGUUCAAAGAAACAGCUGGUUGGCACACUGUUAUUCCAUGUACAAUGAUCUGGGUACAUCUGCCCAGCACCACCGAGUUUUAAAAUUCGUUUCGUUGCAGCUGUUUCAAUCAAGGUGAAAAAACGUAUAGGUGAAAAGCUCACACAGGUUAUUUGAUAAAUACGUUCAAACGGAAAAAAGCGUAAGCCAGA